AUCUCGGGCCGGGCGGAUGCAUGACGGCCGCCUGCCUCAGUGCCAUGGACGCCAUGGUUCGGGCGGGCGGGGUGCACGCUGCCGCCGCCCUCCUGCUGCUGCUGCAGGCGACCCUGGCGCACGCCGACUGCCCGCCCGGACACAUGCCGUGCCCCAAGAGGCAGGACAAGCAGCGCUGCCUGGCGCCGCUCUACGCGUGCGACGGCUACGACGACUGCCAGGGCGGCACGGACGAGAGGGGCUGCCGCGGGCGCUGCAAGGACGGCGCCCGCGAGUGCGACGGCCGCUGCCGCCGGGCAGCCUACUGGUGCGACGGCACGAGGGACUGCGACGACAACCAGGACGAGGCGAACUGCGGUGCUGGUCGGCCGACGGAGCUGCGGACGUGCCCCCAGACGGGGGCACUGCACAGGGACAGGCAGCUGUUCUGCGACGGUCGCAACGACUGCACACGGGGCUAUGACGAGCGCGGCUGCAGCAGCGCGCAGGACUGCAAGGCGGGCUCGUACUUCUGCCUCAACAUGAAAGGCUCGGAGCGCUGCAUGCACCCCAAGACGCGCUGCAACGGCUUCCAGGACUGCAGGGGCAACGAGGACGAGAAGAACUGCCCCUCAGCGUCAAGCUCUCAGUCUCAUCCGACCUAUCCCGCUACACCUGCACCUCCACCGGGCACCACGACCACGACUGCAACGCCGCCGCCGCCGCCUCCGUCGGACCAUGCGGGACCUCCGAUAGAGGAGACACCAGCUUUGGAGAUGCCAAUAAUUGAGUCUCGCGUGCCACUACCGACGCCUGAUGCUCCGGUGGAGGGCGGCUCUCGCCCUCUGGUGUACCUGAUGUGGGCUCUCUUCGUCCUGGUGAAGGUGCUGGUCGUCGCCUCGCUGUACAAACUACGAUUGUGCUUGAGGGCUCGUGCAAGCAGAUUGGAUUCAGGGGUCGACAGAGCGCCUUCUUUUGUGUACCUGGGGCCGAGUGCGAAGCGCGCGACGGACUCGCCGCCUCCGGAGGGCGACGUGAACUGUGAGCACAAAUACAAGGAACGCAGACUUGUGGAAGUGCUCGAGGAACCAGAGGCAGAGGAGGUGAGGGAUGAGCAGCAGGGAAAUGACCUCGGCCUCGGGCAGGUGAUGGCGUCUACUGCAGCCGACCUUUUUGUCUCCACCCUCAGCGAGCUGGACUUGCUAAGUCAAAAGUGGUACUGUGAUAAUAAACAAAACGCUCUGUGAUGUGAUGUGUUUUUAUAUUACUGUGAUUUUCUGCACUUCUGUAUGCGGCUCGUUUCACUCAACAGUUGACGUUGAUAAUACUUAUCGGUGUUGCACGACUAGCACAAAAUUCGAGCGCUGACCUUGCCGCACCCGCACUGCACCGGGCCGAGUGCCGCGGGUAUUCCCCAUACGAUUAUCGUUUCUCAUCCAAUCCCAGUACGUGGUUCUGUUCCCAGCGCUUACAAAUAUCACUAAGAUGUG